AAUGGCCUCAAAGGCUCCCAAAUCGCCCUCCUCCCUCCAAUCCCCCUCUACCGCCGAAUCCUCCGAGCUCAUCGAAAAUUCCUCCCCCGAGAAAUGCGCGUUCUGGGAGAUGAAUACGUGAAAGCUGAGUUCCGAGCGCAUCGAGAGACGGAGAAUCCUGUGCAUAUUGUGGGCUUUUUGACGGAGUGGCAGGGUUAUGCGCAGCAGGUUGAGGGCGAUAAAUGGAGAGGCGAAAAAAUGGAUGUUGGGAAAGUUGAUAAGAUGAGUGAUGAACAACUCGCGCAGAUGUAUGAGUUGAUGCAGGCGAUUAGGAAGAGUGAGUUGGAGGAGAAUGAU